GCUAGUACAUCAGAGAAGAAAUCUGUAAGAGCUGCCGUAAUUUAUAUUUUCCUUGCUACACGUUCCAACUCUAAUUUUGGAGGUCUUCAGCAGUAACUUCUAAAAUAUUCUCUUAUUACAGUUAUAUAAAAAGAAUAGUGUCUAUACAAAAGUUGGAUUCUACACAGCAAUCUCGAGCUUCGUACAUUUUCUACGUAUCAUUUAUAGUAGAGUGCAACAUGUCAGACAUGAAAGAAGUUGUCCCUUUUUACUAUUCGUCAAGCGGUAAUCCGCAGGAAGACAAGAUACUUUUAGAACCAAUCAAAUACGUUCUGCAAUGCCUUGAUACGCACCCAUGUAGAAAACUAUUGUCGAUUUUCAAUUACUGGUUUAAAGUAUCACCCGAUAAAUUUCAAUUGAUUGACGAAAUAAUCCAAAUGGCCUUUAGUACAUGCGUCCUAUUCGAUGAUAUUCAAGAUGAGGCUAUUAUACGAAAUGGUUUCCCCGUAGCCCAUUCUGUUUGUGGACUUCACAACUCAAUAAACGCUGCAAAUUAUUUACAAUUUAUUAUUUGUGAAAAACUUAUUAAUUUACAUCCCAUGGCAAUUAAAAUUUUUAUUGAACAAUCGAUGGAAUACUACAAAGGUCAAGGAAUGGAUUUAUAUUGGAAGGAAAAUUUCAUCUGUCCAACAGAAAAAGAUUACAAUAUUUUAGCAUCAAGAAAAAGUAGUUGGUUAAUGAAGAUAAUGGUAAAAUUACUGAAACUAUUUUCUACUUAUGAAAAAGACCUCUUGUCGCUAGUAGAUACUAUGGGAUUGUAUCGCCAGAUAUAUGAUGAUUAUUACAAUUUACGUCACAAUAAGACUAACGAGAACAGUUAUUGCGAUGAUUUGACCGAAGGAAAAAUGAGUUUUCUAAUUAUUCAUGCGCUUAGAAACAAUCCUGACGAUAAGAAAAUAAUAAAUAUUUUAAGACAACGAUCGAAAAAUAUUGAAGUAAAACGUUACUGCAUUAAAAUAUUAGAGAAUUAUGGCUCAUUUAAGUACGCAAAAGAUGUACUUGAUAAAUUGGAAAAAAAGUUAAGAACCGAAAUUGAUCGUUUAGGUGGCAAUCCGCUCUUUGAACAGCUUAUGGACGACUUAAGCAUGUUGAAAAUACGUGCUUAAAAAUUCUUUAAUCAAAAUGAUAAAAAAUUCAGAAAUAUGUAUUUUGUUAUUAAUAAAACGUCAGACGUUGCAUAAUUUAUCCAUACCGUUGUAUAAAAUAAUCUCUUAUUAAUAG